CCAGAGCACAAGCUCAGAGGAGAUGGUUCCCAGUUCUCCUUCUCCACCCCCUCCUCCUCGUGUCUAUAAACCCUGCUUUGUGUGCCAGGACAAAUCUUCUGGCUACCAUUAUGGGGUCAGCUCUUGUGAAGGCUGCAAGAGCGUGACUCCAAUCCUCCAGCUGCACCUCGUCGAUCUGUUCCACCGCUUCGUUCGGGCUCUUCCCUCCCUCCAGCUUCACCUUGGUCCUCUGUUGCUCCGGCUCCACCGCGGGUGACUGGAUCCCCACCUACGCCUCGGUCACCUGAGCCAUCUGGACCCUCCCCACUGCCCGGGCUCCUCUCCCACCUUCUCAGCCACUGUUGGACGGCUCCCUGGAGUCAUCAGCCAUUCCUCCACCAUGGCUCCUCCCUCCAUCGGCUCCACAGUGGGCCAUCAUGCUGGUUACAGUCUGGGUCCUGUCUGGCUCCUCCUGUCUCCAUCCUGGCUACUCUCUCUGUCUGAUCCGCCAUGAUUCCUCCCUCUGUCAACACCACCUUGGUCAUCCACCUCCUAUGUCCUCCUCCUUAGUCCCCUCCAUCCCUCCUUUGUUUUUGUUAUGGCACAAAGUCGUGUCUGGCCGGAGGGGGGAGUACUGUCACAGUAAUGGAAUUCUUUGGUGUUUUCAUUUGGUUUCUGUCGUCCUUUGAUUAGUUAAUUCAGGUCACCUGUGUUUGAUUAGUUAUCAUCCUCAUCUCUCUUUCCCUCGUUAUCUUAUCCUACAUAAAUUCCCCUUUCAGUUCAGUUUGCGGCCAAUUAUUAAAGGUGCAAUAGGAGAUCUUGGAAAAUGCUAACAUUAGCCUGCAAGCACUGAAAGUGAACGUCCCACCCUCCCUGCAAUCGCUGUCCAAAGCCACGCCCCCUAAACUCACAAACCAGAAUACUAGAGACAACAUAUUUAACAUGAAAUAAACCCCUGUUCAGGGAGUAGGGAGCAAUGAACAAGGUAUAGGGAUCAUAUCGAUUGGAACAUGGUUCAUUGACCGCUCGAGUUGGUCAUCUGAAUCGGUUGUGUUAACUCAGUAAGACAUAGAAAAUAUGUGCGCGAGCACUGGAAUUGGAAAACGCUGGACUACAUCAUGUGUCAUUAGCCAGCGAGAAAACUUAAAAAAUACUACAAUACCAGGAAGGAAGAUGUUGUUGAUGUUUGUCUGCCAUUCUAGCUCUGUCUGCACAGCGUGCGUGUAUGCGCUAAUGAUGUAUUCUGUCUGCGUGAACAGGGUGCGCAGAGGUAUGCAGAUACAUACGUUGACAGGUAGGUAGCUAUAUUUAAAAUGCUCGGACUGAAGUGUUUUGAUUGAACGUACAUUUCUUGGUCCUACGCCUUCCACAGAAUAUAUAAAUACAAAUAAAUAAAUGUAAACCACUUAACUUAAUGAUUGCUAUCGGGAUGUGAAGAAACUUUCAACCAGUAACAAAACAAAAGCAAAAAAGCUAUCACCUAUUGCACCUUUAAUUGUGUAUGCUGCUUUUGUUACCGUGUUUUGUAUGGAUCUUCAUAAUCUUGGAUUACUGUUAAAUAUCAUUUGGAUUACUUUUGUCUUCAUGUGCCUCUCUUCAGAAGAGGUUGACAUUAGGUCAACAUAAUAGUAAGUUUUUAUUUUUAUUUUUAUUUUUUGCCAUGAAUAAAACCUAAAUUAACUAUAAUAUGAAAGUAGAAUUUUCACCUAAGAUAAUACUAAAAAAAAAAAAAUUAUGAAGAGUGUUAUUUGUUAGGUUUUUUUAGACAAACUUCAAAAAGGCCAAUGUAAAAUGCACUUCUAAACAUGACGUGGUUGUUUCACUUUUAUAAGUGCACAGUACUCAAAUACACAAAACAAAACCUGAGCAUGUAUUCUCUAAUAUUAAUCAUGUUUCAACCCCAUAGUGGGAAAAAAAAAAUAUAUAUGGCAAAUUCAGCUUACUCUAAAGAUUUUGACAAAUAAGACAUGUCUAUUACAUGUAAUUACAUUAUAUCACAACACAUGCAUAAAACUAGGCAAAUGCAAUGAAGUGCUGCCAUCUAGUGUUCCUGCCAAGAUCAAAGACCUUUGUUUUCAUUCAAACAUCUACUCUUUAGUGCCCUCUGCUGAUUGCUCUGUUGAAGUUAAUAAAGUUAGUUCUCUAUUAAACAACAUUCUGAGUAAUUUCCAUAAUCUAAGCUUCGUGAAAUCACAGAGCCUUUUAUUUUAGAGUUCAAAAAUGAAUCAUGAACUUCCCUUUAUUUCCAGUUUAUAUUUUUGUGUUUCUGUCUCUCUCCCUUAUCUCCGUAUCAGGGGUUUUUCCGUCGCAGUAUCCAGAAGAACAUGGUGUACACCUGCCACAGAGACAAAAACUGCCAGAUCAGCAAGGUGACACGGAAUCGCUGUCAGUACUGCCGGCUGCAGAAGUGCUUUGAGGUUGGCAUGUCUAAGGAAGCGGUCCGAAAUGACAGGAAUAAGAAAAAGAAGGACAUAAAAGAAGAGGUGGUUCUUCCGGAAAGCUAUGAGCUGAGUGGAGAACUGGAAGAACUUGUUAAUAAAGUCAGCAAAGCACACAGGGAAACCUUCCCUUCACUCUGUCAGCUCGGGAAAUACACAACUAAUUCCAGUGCGGAUCAUAGGGUUCAGCUGGAUCUUGGGCUGUGGGAUAAGUUCAGUGAGCUCUCCACAAAGUGCAUUAUAAAGAUUGUGGAGUUUGCUAAACGUCUGCCAGGUUUUACUUCACUCACCAUUGCAGACCAGAUCACCUUACUGAAAUCUGCCUGCCUUGAUAUACUGAUGUUACGGAUUUGUACUCGCUACACACCAGAACAGGACACUAUGACCUUCUCGGAUGGACUGACCCUCAACAGAACACAGAUGCACAACGCUGGCUUCGGUCCACUCACAGACCUGGUGUUUGCUUUCGCCGGGCAGCUCCUGCCUCUGGAGAUGGACGACACAGAGACAGGGCUCCUUAGCGCCAUCUGCCUCAUCUGCGGAGACCGCAUGGACCUGGAGGAACCUCAUCGGGUGGACCAGCUACAGGAGCCUCUGCUAGAGGCGUUAAAGAUCUACGCUCGCCGCCGACGCCCCAACAAACCUCACAUGUUCCCACGAAUGUUGAUGAAGGUCACUGACCUCAGAGGCAUCAGCACCAAAGGAGCGGAGCGAGCCAUCACUUUAAAGAUGGAGAUCCCAGGGCCCAUGCCGCCUCUGAUCAGAGAGAUGCUGGAGAACCCUGAGAUCUUUGAAGAGAAAUCUGACUCUAAAGAUGCUGUUUCGGCCCCCCUGCCACCUCCCGCCAUCCAGGCCAUCAAACAAGAGAGGGAUGAGGAAUCUGCUCUGGAGGAUGAAGAAGAUGAGGAUGAUGAGUGUGUGGAGGAGGGACGGGACCAAGCAGGGGACAGUGAGGAUGAGGAAUGGGGACUCCUGCAAGUGGACAUGGGCGGAGCUAGAACGAGUGCGGCAGGAAGAGCACAGUGACCGCUGGACAUACAGACAACAGCCACAAACAUUUGAUAUCAGACACCUGAUCAGUUGCUACGAACAGAUUCAUUCAGUCAAACAAACAACAUUUACUUUCUUCAUAAUGACUCAAAAAUAUAACCUUCAUAUGACAAAAAAAUAAAACAAAGGUUUCCCUCAACUAUCCAAAAGCAGAAGAGAAAAAAUGGAUCAUUAAAAGAGAAAACCUCAAGAACGUGCCAGCACUGUUACUUCAGACGGUGUGACUAACUGAACAGAGGGAAGAAAGAGUGCAAGACCAGAGAAUGAUAAACCAUCGUGCCAUAUCUGGAAGUUACUUGUUGUAAGCAUUUUUUGUACUUCAUUUGGAGAUGCCAAAUAUUUGAGAAUGCAUCCCAAAGCCUUGUUAUGUAAGGGAAAUAUUUUUCAUGACUGUAUAUGGAUGCACAUGCAGAAUUGAUCAAUGAUGGAAAAAAGGCAAACAACCACAUACAUGACAGUGGUCUAAAAACUGUUUCAAAACGUACAUUUUUCUGCAUAAUGUAACUUGAUGUUUCAUUGUCUCAGUUAUAUUUCAUUUUGUAUAUUUUCAGCAACUCUUUGUUUCUUUCAGUAUGUUUUAUGUGUUAUAGACAUAUUCCAAAUUCACAGCCAUACAGCUCUGCGUCUGAAAUUGACACUUACACCAGCAUUAGGGUGUUGGGCAUUAGAAGACUGUAAAAUUACAUUUUUAGAUUGACAAAAGAGUAAAUUAAAUUAUUACAAACCAAACAUUUCACUCAGGGCAAAUCAAGGACCAACGGUUGAUCUUCUAGUCUCAUAGAUUAGAAUCUGCAUGCACUAUUCACAUAUAUUUUAUCUUCAGCUAUGCUAUAUCGUUAAGCAAAAAGUAACAUUAAAAGCUGAAAUGUAACAUUUUACUCUGGGAUCUAGAAGAGUUGCAUGGUUAGGUAUUAAAAGCAAUAACAUAAUGAUAUGUUAAACAAAGAAAGAGAGUCAAAUAUGAGCUGAGCAUCUCAACAACUAUGAGCAGUGGUGUCCACAAGCUGUUCCUGUCAGUUUCGUAAUAACUGACUAUAAAUACAUUCAUUUCUCUGAGGUGUGUGCACACCACUGAUAACAACGUUAUACCUCGUCACAAAACAGAACAGUGUUACAAAACAAGUCAUAAGCUUCUGUUUGCUGCAUAUAUAGACGCAGUACUGUAAGAUAUUUGGGAUAGAGCCAUGUGGUUUAAGAUUGUAAGCUGCGUGCAUUUGUACUUGUAUACUACAUGCUUAAAAGUGUAAAGAGUGCUCUUUUUCCGCUUUCAUCUUUCUACUCUUUAUUUACUUUUAAACCAUUUUAUUUGAAUGCAUCAAAAGGACAUCUCAGACUUUUCAACCUUUUUUGUAAUGCUGUUAUCUUAAAAUAUUUUCAAAUAUAAACAAACACAUCAUAGGCUACACAUUUAUUUGUAUUAUUAUUUAUUGCUUAUUUAUCCUCAUCUUGUUAGAUUUUUGUUCUAUCUGUAGUCAGUGAUGCACAUGAUGAACUGUGUUUGCUCCCAGAAUUCCUUGUCUAUCUCUAUUGGCAUCCUCUCACAGUGUGGAGGAGUACGUCUGUAUGUACCACCAAUGUAAUGAUCAGCCGAAAUUUAAGUAUGCUUAGACUACAAAAUGAGAUCUUUCCAAAGAUUUUAGAGCAGAAUGAAUGCAUGAUUACCACAGGGUGCGCUGGAUAAAUCUGCAGUGAUCAUAAGUCUAGCAGCUUAGUGUAAAUGCACUGAUCCGGAUAUGUGACAGGGUAAAUAUGGCCUGCAGCGGCAGCAGUAAACAGUGGUACUCCUUAGAUUUAUUUGAUCUCUUCUAGACUCUAUACUUGGAUCUUCAGACCAAAGAUAAAUUUGCAGUUUAAGUUUCGGCAUGUACAUAUGGUGUGUACUGUAUGUUCACAAUGCAAUUAACCAAGGGAACAUAGCCAUGUCUCUGGAAAUAUGAUAAAAGUCCCUAAAAAUGCAUUAACUGUUCACCUAUGUCAGUUCAACGUUGAUAAAUGUAUAAAUAUAAAUGUAGCAGUCAUUGGCAAAGUGUAAUUCAAGAAGGUCACAGGUUAAUAUUUUUGUGAAAUAUCAGAGCAAAUGUUUUUGGCAUACUUUUUUUCCUCCUCCUCCAGACUCAAUGUCUGUGUGGUGAAUUAAAUAUUUUAGAUUUUAUAUCAGAGAUGUUUGCUUUUUAUUUUCUUUCUUAAAUAGUGUUUAUCUUUUUUGCUUUUAUUUUGUGAUUUAGUGCAGUAGAGGUAAAAUGUUCCUUAUUGAAGAAUGGUGGUUUGGAACAUGUGUGUAUGAUCUGUUUGGUUAGUUGCAUUAUUUGUUGCUAAAUUUGUAAUUUUAUUUGUGGCUUUGUAUCUCUUUUGGGUUUUAAGGCAUUUAAGGCUAAGAGGAAUACAUAAACAAGUGUGUGUUUUAAUGCACAUUUUUAAUUUUACAAAAUUAUUUGUGUUGAUUUGUGUUUAUUAGUCUUUUCUACUAAGUCUUUAUAUGUGGUUUUACAAAAGCAGCGUAUGUGUUCUUUCUUACAAAAUGAACCCCUUUUAGCAUAAUUUUAAGCAAGCAUUAAAAGUUUGUUUGUA